CCUACCGUUAGGACGAAGUUAGGGAAGAGCAGGAUUUAGCUACGCAGAAUCAGUAGCCUACGUUUUUUGAGUAAAAACAGAGCGUCUUUGAUACCCGGGGCCAUCAAUAACUGCACAUCGCCUCCAGCAUCUCAUGAUGAAUAGAGGGCUCGCUAGACGAAUUAAUUCCUCUCUCAAUAAACCUCGCUAAUAAUAAAGGCAGGCUAUUUAAAUUAGAAACACCAAACACUGAUUAGGCUUGGACGAACGGUGGUCGUUCUGUAAAUGGAUCAGAAAAAAGGCUGUGCGGAUGAGGUAGCCUACGGUUUAGGCUAUUAAUAGGAGAGCUUGGGUGACGGAGUUUUUACUCGUGGAGACGGAGGGCUUCGUAGCGAGUCGCCGGACACGGUGUAUGUAUUCCUCUUGCGCAGAUCUUUAAUUUAGUUCAUGCGGUAGUGUUUUGCUUUGUAAUAAAUCAUGGACGUGUUAGGAGUGUUAAAUCUGGGCGAAGUUGGCGUUUAUUUUUCAAAAAUGGCAAUGUUUCCCGUUUUUGAUCUUGCCUACUACAUCGUGUCCAUACUCUACCUCAAGUAUGAGCCAGGCUCAGUGGAGGUGUCCCGCAAGAGCCCUGUGGCCUCAUGGCUCUGUGCUAUGCUCUACUGUUUCGGGAGCUACAUCCUGGCGGAUAUCAUACUCGGUGUCUGCCCCAUCGACUAUUUCCACAACAACAGCCACAUCCUCCUGGCCACCGCUGUCUGGUACCUUAUCUUCUACUGCCCUCUGAACCUGUUCUACAAGUGUGUGGCGUUCCUGCCCAUCAAGCUGGUGCUGGUGGCUCUGAAGGAGGUCGUGCGCGCACGAAAGAUCGCCGCCGGUGUUCACCACGCCCACCAUGCCUACCACCACGGCUACAUCAUCAUGAUCAUCACCGGCUACGUCAAAGGCUCAGGCGUGGCCCUCAUGUCCAACUUCGAACAGCUGCUGCGUGGUGUGUGGAAACCAGAGACCAACGAAAUCCUCAACAUGUCAUUCCCGACCAAGGCCAGCCUGUAUGGAGCCAUUUUGUUUACACUUCAGGAAGCUCAUCUUCUGCCUGUUUCCAAGAGCACCCUCAUCUGUGUGUUCACCCUGUUCAUGGCCACCUCCAAGGUGUUCAUGACAGCCAGACACUCGCACGGCUCUCCCUUCGCCCUGGUGGAGUCGUGGGUGUGCCACCUGCUCUUUGGCUCUCCCCUGGCCUCCGCUGAUGACCACCACGCCCCCGCCGCCACCCCCGUCUCUCCCGUCAAGACCAAGGAGGAGCUUAGCGAAGGAACGCGCAAGAGGAAGGCCAAGAAGGCCGAGUAGAGGAGAUCUGCCGCACGUCAGCAAUGGACAAACUAAACAGACGCCACCUCCCAUAGCAGCCCCACAGCAAGCCCGCUGUCCUGUGGACACCCCCAGCCUCCUCUGGUCCAGCCCCCCCCUCUCUCUGUGUGCACAGGGGGGUGGAUAGGACUUCCUGUUUUUUACACGUUGAAGGGGCAGGUCAUGUGUACCGCUGGACGCUCUUUUUAAAUGGUGCUUUAACAAGUCAACUACCACGUAUUUAAUGAUAUUUAAUUAUAUUUAAUUAUACUUAAUUAUGUAAAUAUGCUUAAUUAUAAUGAUAUGAUGCUGUAAAAAGCUGUCUAAUAUCCCACAUGGUUUCAGCAAGGACUUAUAUAUUUAUUUAUAUAUUUUCUCACCAGUCAGCCCCCUCCUCUUCUGUUUGCUAUUUGCUAUAACAUGCGGUGAUGCACAUGUCUUUGGCUUGGCUGAUUUAAACCAUGUGUUUCGUUCAGAUCAUUGCAUUUCUACCAACUAAUGAUUUCAGAAAUAAUAUGUGUGUGAUAUUCUAUUGGAGGAAACAGUAGACCAGAGUGUGACAGAUGAGGUGAAGUACCACAGGCCAUUACUUUCUGUACAUGGCAACUUUUUACAUAGAAAAUAAAUGAAUGAAUGUCUGUA